AUGGCAACGCCUACCACCACUGCAGCUGCCAGUGCUGCGACUACAUCUGGCAGUAGCGGAGGCGGCGGGGGCUCAGGUGCCACGAGCUCUCCGCUACUAUUUUUCGUCGCGCUCGGUUUUGGCGUCGUCUUCACCAAUUUAUGGAUCAUUGUUGGUGUUAAGUACUGUUUCCGAUACAAUCAGCGAAACCGCCAGCUGCGCGGCGAAGAGACAGGCGACCCAAUCGAUCUGGUAGCCAUGCCCCGUCCUCAUCGACGACGACGCGAAAAGAAACUCAUGUCGAUGGAGGAAGUCAAUGAGCGAUUCCCCUUGGUGAAAUACAAGGUCUGGAGGUCAUCGCGUGCCAAUCAGGGCCUUCCAACUGAAGGUGGUAUCACGGCUCCGAAUAGUAGGCCGCCCAGUAUGAUUGACGAAAGUGGUAUUGUUUCCGCCCCGACUGCUCCUGUGCCCUCGAACGUUGAAGCGCCGCCACUUGCGGCUGAACAUGACCUGCGUGGAGAAACACAUCGUGAUUCUUCGCCUGCCUCACAUUCUCAACCAACUUCACGACCAGUGGACGAGAAAGUUUCUCCUGCUACGGGUGUAUCCAUACUUCACCCCGACGAUCCUGCCCUUGCGGAAGAAAAGUGGCGCCACUCUUUGGUGAACGAAGGCAUCGAGGUCGAAGAAGACGAGGAAGACGGCGAUAAGAUUCGAAAAGCCGUUCCUUCCGAGCUGUUACCAAACCCCGGUGACUCCUGCGCCAUCUGUUUGGAUACCAUUGAGGACGAUGACGAUAUUCGCGGAUUGACCUGUGGACACGCUUUCCAUGCUUCUUGCGUCGAUCCGUGGUUGACCAGUCGAAGGGCUUGCUGCCCUUUGUGCAAGGCUGACUACUAUGUGCCUAAGCCUCGCGCCCAGGCGCCCGACGGGGCUGCGGGUGCAGAUCGUAACGGACGUCGUACUCCCACGAGUCGCAUUGAUCUCCUCGCCAGACCUGUUCGAGCAGCGCGACCCGGGGGCCCGUCGAAUCUAUUCCGGAUGCAAGUGGCGCUACCUGGUCGAUUUUUCCAAUCAUCAUCACCAUCACCAUCACCAUCACCAUCUCAAUACCCACCACGAGAUGACUCCCCGCGAGCAGGACCUCGCUCUGAACCAACGCAAGCCCCAGCUGACAUGAACCAACCACAAUCACAGUCGCGGUGGUCGCGUUUUAUUCCCUCUCGUCUGCGUUCAUCCCCCCGGACAUCUCCAACAAAUGAACAACAACCGCCUCCCAGCAAUAGCUCUCCGGGCUUCAUCGCUGGAGAAACUCGAACACCAGCCCAACUCGAGGCUGGCACCAUAUAA